UUGUAUAUAUUUUUAUAUUGUUGUUGAUUAUACAUGCAAUAUUGAUGAAAGGAAGAUAAAAAGAUAACGAGACGAUACAUGUAUAUUAAUAUUCUACAGUGUAAUUGUACUAUAAUUUAAAAUGAAUUAUAAAUACCAUGACUAUUGAACUCAUAAACUUUAAUUAUCAAGAGAAUGGACUUCCUGUUUGAUUAAAGCAAUUGAAAAAUUUGUGGCAGGCACUCCUUUUUCUAUAAAAAAGAUAACUCAAUAGAUACACAGGAAAUCGAUGUUUGAUAAUUGCUCAUCAAAAAUGAAGCAGUCGCAGAUGUCCCUUUUCUUGUACAUAGUUUGUGUUACGUUGAAGAUUGUGAUUUGUUCCAUUAAGAACUGCAUUGAAUAUGCACAGAGUGGAAAAUGUAAAGAAUGCCUCCCUGGGUUCGUAGGAGAACAUUGCUCACACACUUGCAGGUACCCAAGUUAUGGCAAGGGAUGUCAAAAUGUCUGUGAAUGUGAUCAAUCAGUCUGUCACGUGGUCUCAGGCUGUUCGAAAGAAUGUCAACCCGGUUAUUUUGGAGUAAACUGCGUUUAUGAAUGCAGAUAUCCAAGUUAUGGUGUCAAUUGCCAAUUAUUUUGUUUGUGUGAAGAACAGUUCUGUGACAGGAAAACCGGAUGCAAACACAUUUCAAAAAUUUACAAAACCACAACUAGAGAAACAACUGCAGGGGCUAGGCACAUGACCACCGUAAAUCACACACCAUUUCAAUCUACUACUUCUCAUGUUAAUACAGGAACACAGCGUAUUACAGUCUUAACAUAUUCUACCAGUAAUUAUCCAAAUGAAAGAUUCACCGCAACGGCAUCAUUUAGGAAUAUAACAGUAUCUAAAUCUUACAACUCUUCUUCACAGUCUACUGCAUCCACGGGAAGAUUCAGUAAUGUGCGAUUCCCUAGCAAUUUUACUGAUCAAUUACUUAUCAAUGAUCCGCUUUACCUAAUUCUUGCAAUAGGGUUUAUAGUAUUUGUAACGGUAGCUGCCAUUUAUGCAAUAAAUAAAUGUCGGAAAAGAAGAAGAGUCGUUGUAAAUGACUUUGUAAGGAAUCGAAACAUUCCUGUAUAUUACGAACCAAUACAAGCACUUGAAUAUGAUAAAAAUUUAAUUGGAUUGUCUGUCCCUGAGUCAAGCACAACGUCCGAUGACAAACAUCAACAAACUGAGGCAAAUCCGUACGAAACCAUUGAAAACGACGAGGAAGAUUCAUCGAAUUCACAAGAAGACAGAUAUCUCCAACAGAACAGUCAGUCAUCAACACUUCUCAUGCCUAAAUGUGAGCAGCCUACUAGUGAAAUCGAUGGCAACACUGACUGUGAUGGUUAUCAGCGUCCUUGUCCUCCUGAAAGAGGACGUCAAAGACUACAUGAUGACAAUAACGAAUAUUUAACCGUAGUUUAA